UUUUGUGAUGGUUUUAUGAUUCCGCUAAAUGUUACAGAUUGUCAAGAGAUUAUACCUAUAGAGGAUAGCAGUUUCAAAUAUAGGAUGUCGCAGCAGUUGGGCGAAUUCAAUUAUAUAUACGAAGAAGGAGAGAUAAUAGGCGAUGAGAUUGAUCACUAUGGUGGAGAGGGCAGUAUUGAAAUGGAGGAAGAUGAUUAUGAAUUGCUCACGAAGGUGACUGAUACGUCCUCUGCGCAAGCUAGGAAGGGGAAAGACAUUCAGGGUAUACCGUGGGAAAGAUUGAAUGUAACUCGGGAUAAGUAUAGAUUGACGAGGCUUGAACAGUAUAAAAAUUACGAGAACAUUCCUUUUUCUAGUAAAGUUGUAGAUAAGGAGUGUGAACAAAUGGAGAAGGGCGGAAACUACUAUGAAUUUUUUCUGAACACUAGAUUGGUUAAGCCUACAAUUCUUCAUUUUCAGCUAAGGAACUUGGUUUGGGCAACUUCAAAACAUGAUGUAUAUCUCAUGUCUAAUUAUUCCGUCAUGCACUGGUCAUCGUUAUCUUCCAAUUUGUCCGAGGUCAUCAAUUUUUCAGGACAUGUAGCUCCUUCUGAGAAAUAUGCAGGAAGUUUGUUAGAAGGAUUCACCCAAACUCAAAUUAGUACAUUAGCAGUCAAAGAUAAUUUUCUUGUUGCAGGGGGUUUCCAAGGAGAGCUUACAUGCAAAUGUUUGGAUAAACAAGGCAUUAGCUUUUGUGCGCGUACAACAUAUGAUGAUAAUGCAAUCACAAAUGCUAUUGAGAUUUAUGAAAGCUUGAGCGGUGGAGUUCAUUUCACGGCAUCCAAUAACGAUGGUGGGAUAAGAGAAUAUGACAUGGAGAGGUUUCAGCUUCUGAAUCAUUUCCGCUUCCCUUGGCCAGUGAAUCAUACAUCACUGAGCCCUAACGGUAGGUUAAUAGGAGUUGUUGGUGAUCACCGAGAUGGAUUGCUAGUUGAUGCACAGAAUGGAAAGACUGUAGCCACAAUCGAGGGUCACCUCGAUUUCUCAUUUGCAUCUGCAUGGCACCCAGAUGGACAUGUUUUUGCGACGGGUAAUCAGGAUAAAACUUGCAGAGUAUGGGAUAUCAGAAACCUGUCUACAUCCGUUGCAGUCCUAAAGGGAAACUUGGGUGCUGUGCGAUCCAUUCGCUUCUCAUCUGACGGACAGUUCAUGGCGGUGGCUGAACCUGCAGAUUUUGUUCACGUGUACAGUACUAAAGCAGACUACAAGAUGCGGCAAGAGAUUGAUUUCUUCGGUGAGAUAUCAGGAGUAUCGAUAAGCCCAGAUGACGAGUCGUUAUACGUAGGAAUUUGGGACCGGACAUAUGCAAGUUUGCUUCAAUAUAACAGAAAGCAUACAUAUGGAUAUCUUGAUUCAUACUUGUGAUUAUUUACAUCGAGCGUCGCAUUUCGUGCUGAUUUUUCUGAAUGCUCUCUUUUGAACUAUGAUUAGUCUGAGUUGAAAGCUAGAUGAUGUAGAAUAAGGUCAUAGUGUUUCAAGAACUUUGGUCCGAUCUUUGUACAGGCCAUGUAUUUACAAUUACUUGAAAUGGUAAGCCAUCUUUUCCAUCCAUAA